GGAUUACACGGACAAUGACUUGGAUGGAGGUGAAGUGGAAAACGCCAGCCGCUCCCAGAGCUCCCCACCGAUUCCCUCCGCCGGGACCUGCCUGGGCACCCACUUCGGCCAAGACCAGCUGGCGAUGGAGAGCACAGAGCCCCUCAGCGUGGAGAGCACGGCCUGCAGCCUGGGCAGCAUGAGCGAGUCGGGGCAGGGCUACGAGUGCAGCACCCCCUCGGAGACGAAUUGCUCCUUCGACCCCGCGGAGGAGACCCCCUCGGGCACCGUCUCGGCUUCCUGCCCGCGACACCCUGUCACCCCCUCGGAGUCGGGGCUCUUCGCUUUGCCGCCGGCAGGAGCAGGACUCGCGGAGAAGCAGGAGAUGUUACAGAGCUCCGGUGAGACGAUAACCAUGGACUUCACGCUCCCCGCAGACAUUAACGAGGGUUUGCCUUUAAUCGCUGACCCCAUGGAUUUGGACAGAGACCCAGAGGCAGUGGUGGCCCCUGCGCAAGUGUCCUUAUCGGUCACAGAUUUUGGCCUCAUCGGCAUCGGGGAUGUAAAUAGUUUCCUGACGGCUCACCAGGCCGGUCCCGCUCCCGUGGCUCGGUCGGAGCCGCUCUCGCAGUGA